CCCCCCCUUGCGCCCAUCGGGCCCCACGAGCCCUGCUUCAGAAAUAAAUGUGAUAAGGCUCAGACAGUGAACGCAUCAGCAGAUGACUGCGACGACAAUACUGACUCAAUUGUCUAUUGGAUGCUCUAGCCCCGGAACUACUCUGAUGAUGAAAACUGGCCCUUAUUCCGCCACUUCCCUCAAUCAUUCAUUCCGUCCACCCGCCCCAUCCCACGACGGUAUCCUGGAAGAUUCAGCGGAAGCAAUCGUCGGCGCGGUGGAGAGUGUGGCGAACAACGAGAUAGUCCAGAAUGCCGGGGAGGUGGUCGGGGAUGCGGUGGGCGUCGUGCACGACGCUCUUCGAGAGGGUGUCAAGACGGGGACGGAGGUCGUCCACGGAGCAGCCCGCGCCAUGAACCAAGCAAGCGGGGUUACCUCUCGAGGCAUGCCUGACAUCGAGGGCGUCGAAGAACGUGCCGAGAGUUUCGCCGAUUCGAUGGAAACCCAAGCCGAAGGGCUUGNGCGCUGUAUCCUGCUAAGGGGUGUCAAGACGGGGACGGAGGUCGUCCACGGAGCAGCCCGCGCCAUGAACCAAGCAAGCGGGGUUACCUCUCGAGGCAUGCCUGACAUCGAGGGCGUCGAAGAACGUGCCGAGAGUUUCGCCGAUUCGAUGGAAACCCAAGCCGAAGGGCUUGCUGACUCUGCCGCGGAGGCCUUCGACCGGGCCCGGGAAAACGCCCCAGACGUCCUCGGAGCUGUCGACCCUGACGGAACGCUGGAAGAGGUGGUCGAAGAAGUGACCCAAGAAGCAGGGGAAGCCGUGGUGGAAAGCUUGGGGGGAGAAGUAGCAGAAGAGUUGUUGGAGGCGGCAGCCGGAAGUAUUCCCGUCGCGGGUGCCCUAAUCCCCUCGUACUACCUGAUGCACGGGGGUGUGAAGGCCGCCGUCGGAGUAACCAGCCUGGCAGCGGCAGGCACGAUGACUUUGGUUGGAGGGGUGUACGGCAUCGCGGCCGCGCCGUUCGNCCCCGCACAACAUGAUCUACUCGACCACCAAUAUGGUUGCCGCCAAAAAAAAAACAGUGGUAAAA